AUGGCGUCCAACAGACGAGACCUUAAAAUUAUCUCGAUCGCUCAGCUUGUAAUGGCAGGUAUCCUCUUCGUGCUCGGAAUGGUUGACCAUUUUGAAGUUCGCUACAUGUAUGCCAGCCUUAUAUUGAUGCCAAUUUGGAUUUCUCUUCUUGUAAGUACAUUAUAUUUCUCAAAAGAAUGCAAUUACAAAGUUGUGCCUAAAUUUACAUUUUCUAACAGAGGGUUUAGUUCAGGAAAACAUGCAAAGAUAUUGAAUCUUGCUGUUCUAAAUAAGCAUCUGGUCGUUACGAUGUUCUAAUUUCGUUAUUUUGGGACAGGAUUUUCUUCGAAGCUUAAAGUGAAAUUCUGUUCAAAUCCCUCAUACUACAAAUGUCGGGCAAAUGUUUUACGUAGAAUUACAUUUUACUGGAUAAUCUGAAACCAUUAGGAUUCAUAACCCUUCCACCUGCAAAUAUCUGGUCCGUAAUUCUUUCGAUAAGAAUACAACUACACUCUCAAACUAAUUCAGGAUAUGAUGACAUUGGAGACAUAGAAAACAAAGUUCGCCCCUCAAAAGCGAAUCGGUCGUCUGUGACUUGGGAACAUUCAACUUUUGUUGUUUUUAUUUGUUGAGCGAUCGAAGAAGUUCGAAGAUUGAGAUUUAUAUUGCAGUACUUCGAUAAAACAGUCCGCAUCAUUCUAAAGUUAUUUUAGGACAUCUCUCAGUUUUGUCGCACAGUCAACAAAAUAAACAUUGCGCAAGAUGUUUUACACUAGCGAAAGUCGAUCAGAAAUGCAAAUGAUUACAUUGCCAGACGAAGGGAACUCGAUGAUUUGACCUCGAAUUUCUCUUUUAAGAACAACCUAGGCGGUUUUUUUUUUAAGACAGAAGUUUUAAGAAAAAUCUGUCGAUGAAAGUGUUUUUGGAUUCAAUACACCUUGGAUUGCGUGGGGCACUAAAUCGAGGCUGUCGAAUGAACUUAAAGUGGUGAAAAUUUAUGUUUCUUCAACUUUCCUUCGAAUGAGUUAUUGAGAUCUACAUGGAUUGCCGCUACAAGUACUUCAUAGAUAAAAAAAACUGCUGGCUGAGUCCUCCAUCGAAAGGAAUAGUCGAUCACUAAAAACACGUGCAUAUAACAGCUCAUCGGUCACCACGCGACUUUUACCUUGAAAUCUAGCCCUUCAUCUCGCCUUGUAGUGGCAAUCCAUUCCGAUCUCAAUAAAUCAUUCGAAGGAAUGUUGAAGAAAGAUAAAUUCUCACCACUUUAAUUUCGUUUGUCGUUACUAGAGAAAUUAACGCAGCAAUGAUCGUGGGCCAUGCUUUCUUGUAGGCUUUUUCUGCAACGUUAAAGAAAUUUGACGCCAACGGCUCCCAAAAGUUACCAUAGGUUAGGUAAUUAGAUUGCAUAGACUUAAGUCACACUAGCUAAAGGUUUCUAUUAAGUGUCUACAAUCAGUGUGUAUGACAUCUGUCAAUCAAAUAAAGCCGGAAAGCCAACAUUUUACAGAAAUUGCUUUUCUUCCACAUUAAAUUGAAGACAUUUGAAUAAACCUACAAUGAAUCUACUGCUUCGUUUGUCUCUAUUCCUAAUCCUACUUCAAUGUCUCUUUCCACUUUAACGGUUAUUACUAAUUUACAAUUUUACGACGAUCAGUCGAAAUGUGCUCUAUCAUUUCUGUAUUCUUAUCGAUUAAUCGAUGUCCUUCAAGGACUUGCGAGCUGGAAUAAAGAAAUAAGUACCUUCUCAAAAGUGACAAUAUUGAAAUCAACUCCGAUAUUAAUAGUUUACAUUUUAUAAAUAUUGAUCGAGCGGUU